AUGUUUCUAGCCAUUGUGGGCAUUGUCUAUAUCUUGUUAGUGCCUGAAGAAACAGAAGCUAUCAAUCCUCCCACGGCCGUUCUUGAUUUGAGCGACAAAUUUUUGGAUGUCAAAGAUGAAGGAAUGUGGUUUGUUGAAUUCUAUGCUCCGUGGUGUGCACAUUGCAAAAGAUUACAUCCCGUGUGGGAUCAAGUUGGACACUCCUUGUCAGAUAGCAACCUUCAAAUCAGGGUCGGUAAACUCGAUUGCACACGAUUCCCUGCUGUCGCCAACAAACUUGGUAUCCAGGGAUAUCCAACUAUCACUUUCUUUCGAAAUGGACAUGCUAUUGAAUACAGAGGCGGAAGAGAAAAAGAGGCAUUGGUCAGUUUUGCGAAGAGAUGCGCAGCUCCAAUUAUAGAGACUAUCAAAGAAAACCAAGUGGAAAAGGUGAAACUAUCUGCACGUUCUCAACCAUCCUACAUCUUUUUCGGCCAUUCUUCGGGUCCAUUGUUUGAUGCUUUUAACGAAGCAGCCAAUGCGAAAUUUUCAGUUGCUAGAUUUUACACAGUAGCUCCUUCCAAAGAAGAAACAAAUUUCCGCCAAAGAGUGGUUGUUUUGAAAGAUAACGUUGAAAUUGAGUUCCAAGAAGACAUUGAAGCAUUGAAAGAUUGGGUUGUCAGAGAGCGAUGGCCAACCUUUGUCCACGCGACAUCAUCAAACCUUGCUGAACUCGGUGCAAGUGGGAAACUUGUUGUUCUCAUUGUAUCCAGUGAGAGUCAGAAGUUCAAUACAACCAGCCCGGUUCGCGAAUUUCAUAAAGUUGCUGAAGAUGCAUCAAAGGAAAUGAGGAAACACUCGGCGCUUUGGAAUCGAUUCCAGUUUGCAUGGCUUGAUGGUUCAGACCUUGCCUCUCAAAUUCAAAUGGCCUCUGUUUCCGAACCCCACUUGUUUGUAUUCAACUACACGAGCUAUGAGUACUAUCUCAGCGAAGAUGAACCAAGCCAAAUGACAAUUAAAUCAAUUUUUACUUUCUUGGAGCAAACUGCUGAAGGAAUAGAUAAGGGUACAAUUAUUGCCUUCGGAGGCCGUAAUUUAUUGACUCGGAUGAAGAGAAUGAUUUUCGAAUUAUACUGGAAUAUUGCACAAAUGUUUGCUACUCAGCCAUUGCUAUCUUCCUGUCUUUUCGGAGUUCCUAUUGCUUUUCUCAGCAUCAUUUGUUAUAGCAUCUGUUCUGCCGAUUUCACUGUCGAUCGCGAUGAAUUCUAUGGCGACGAAGCACUCGAAGAUGAGGAAGAGGAAACUGACACAAUAGAAACGGAUGACGAUCAUGAGAAAGCCGAAUAA